AUGAUAGAUUAUGUCUACAUUGAUGAGGUUCAAGACCUUACAAUGAGCCAAAUUUGCUUGCUGAAAUAUGUUUGCCCCAAUGCCGAGCAUGGUUUUAUUUUUUCCGGGGACACAGCACAGACAAUUGCAAGGGGGGUUGAUAUUAGAUUCGAGGAUAUAAAAACCCUCUUUUACCACAAAUUUAUGGGAGAAUCAAGCAGAACCUUCCAGAAAAAAGAAAAAGGAAAGAUGGUUUCAGAUAUUUUUUUGUUGACUCAGAACUUUCGGACACAUGAUGGAGUUCUGAAAUUAUAUCAGAGCGUGAUUGAUCUACUAUCUCAUUUUUUCCCUGAUUCUAUCGAUCGGUUGAAGCCUGAGACUAGCUUGAUUAUUGGAGAACCUCCCAUUGUUCUCCAAUGUCAAAAGAGCAAGGAUGGAAUUGAAAAAAUUUUGGGGAGUCAAGGUGGAAGCUUCGGAGCACAACAAGUGAUCUUGGUACGAGAUCUUUCCGUGAAGAAGGAUGUUUUAGAGCAUGUGGAGAGUCGUAGCCUUGUUCUAACAAUUUCUGAAUGCAAGGGCUUGGAAUUUGAGGAUGUGCUGCUUUAUAAUUUUUUUGGUUCUUCACCCUUCAAAAAUCAAUGGAGGGUGAUAUAUGGCUUCAUGAAGGAACUUGGUAUGCCGGUGCCCAUAACACAGAAGUUCCCGAGUUUCGAUCCUUCAAGACAUGGUAUCAUGUGCUAUGAAUUGAAGCAACUGUACGUGGCUAUCACGCGCACUCGGAAUAGGUUAUGGAUUCUUGACGAUAAACAGGAUUCUGUGGAACCUAUGUUUGAUUAUUGGCGCAGUAAAGAGCUGGUACAGCUCAAAGACCUCGAUGAGUCUUUCGUUACAAAAAUGAAAGUAGAGAGCUCUUCACAAGAUUGGAAGACGCGAGGCCAUGAGCUUUAUGAUCAAAAGAACUAUGAAGCAGCAACGAUGUGCUUUGAGAAGGCAGAAGACUUUAUUUGGGUUCAAAAGUCAAAAGCUGCGGGUCAAAUUAAUCCCGAUGAAGCAAUUAAAGAUGGUGAUAAAGAAGGAUUGAAGAUGGAUAUGCAGAUGGAGGAGAAGGAGGUCACUCCAAAAGUGCCAGGGCGUUUUGAAGAAGGUUCACAGCUCUGGAAUACAUUAAAAGACCUAGUAUCCAUAGUUCAAGCCAGUAACGAGCAAGUGAAGAGGAAUAAAAAGGAGAAGGAGGACCGGGAACUUACACAAGCAAGUGGUGCAGCAGUGCUUCCGAAUGCUGAUACUGAAGGUGAGGCAUCAGAAGCCACCAGGUCAGGAGAUGGAGGAAAAGUCUUGGAAGAAGGAAAUAUCAGCAAAAAAAAAUCCAAGAAAGGCAUAAGCAAAGGGAGAAGGAAGGGUAGGUAGUGACUGUUUUGAGUUAGUUGACUAUGUUCACAGUUUCAAUUUCAUUGAGUUCGUUGACAAUGUUUAUAGUGAUGGGAUAGUGGUUUGUGACAUGUGAUUCAUCCUAUUCAAAAGUACAUGUUUUAGAACUCUAAAUUGCUUUUUAGA